CCUGAACUGAAACACCAGCCUCAGCUGCGACACGGGGAACCCAGACGGACUGAUGCACGGCGGGCAGAUGUGACUCGGGUGACAGAAGUCUUCAGUGAUGCUUAGAAAGAUCCAGGACUUGUUCACCAGUUGAAAAGGUCCACUUACCGUGUUGGGUCAGGUUGGGAAAACCCAAACCAAAAAAUGGAAUAUAGGCUGGAGUUAAUGGUGGUUCUCGUUUUUCUGACAACAACUUCAUCUGUUGCACUGAAGGAAUAUACAGAAGCGGUGGCGUAUUUAAGGAAGUAUGGCUAUCUACACAUCCCACUGCACAGUAAAGGUCAAAACCAUCCACCUGAGGAGAUAGUGGAAGCCUUAAGAGUCUUCCAGAAAGUGACAAACCUGCAAAUAUCAGGAAAACUAGAUUCAGCCACACUGGCGAUGAUGAACAAACCUCGGUGUGGCGUAGAAGACUCUUUCAACAACAGAUCUCUCAAAUAUCGAGUCAUGGGUCAUUGGCGCAAGAAGAUGUUGACCUAUCGCAUCUAUAAUUACACCCCUGACUUGGGUCAGGCCAAGACCCGUUUGGCCAUCCAGAAUGCGUUUCAGUACUGGAGUGACGUGUCACCUUUAAGGUUCAAGGAGUUGCAGCGAGGAAGAGCAGACAUCAAAAUCUCCUUUCACAGAAAAGACAGGACGUGUCCGGUGCCCUUCGAUGGACGAGGACAUGUUUUGGCCCACGCCGACGCCCCUGAGUCAGGCAUUGUGCAUUUCGACGACGAUGAAUUGUGGACCGAAGGGAAGAGCUAUGGCUCCAACCUGAGGAUUGUUGCAGCCCAUGAAAUCGGCCACGCUCUUGGUCUGGGCCACUCACAGUACAACGGUGCCCUGAUGGGUCCUGUGUACAGCGGGUACCGCUCUGACUUCAAGCUGCAUCCAGAUGACAUACAAGGGAUCCAGGCUUUAUAUGGGAAACCAGAGAAGACCCCUCCGUCAAAUCCGUUUGGGCCAGCAGGCGCUGUUCCAGAUCCUUGCAAGGCCACUCUGGAUGCAGUAAUGCUGGGUCCUUUGCGUAAGACUUAUUUUUUCAGAGGUCAGUACGUGUGGACGGUGUCCAGCUCUGACUACAACACUCCCGUCCUGAUCUCUGCUCUGUGGAAAGAGCUGCCAGGGAGCCUGAAUGCAGCUGUUCACUCUCAGCGGACUGGCAAGUCCUACUUUCUGAAAGAAGACAAAGUAUGGCGAUACACCAGCUUCAAACUAGACCCCGGCUUCCCCAAACGCUUGUCCAAUAUCCCUGCUAAUAUUGAUUCAGCCUUGUACUUCAAUAACAACAAAAAACUUAUCUUUUUCAAAGGCUCUGGAUACUGGCAGUGGGAUGAAAUUGGCCCGACAGACUUCAGCUCAUAUCCCAAAGCCACUGACCAGCUCUUCCACGGGUUACCCAGUAACGCCGAUGCUGCAUUUACAUGGACAAAUGGUCACACAUACUUCUUUAAAGGCACCCAGUACUGGCGCGUAAAGCAGCACCACCAAGCAGUGGAGAAGGGAUACCCUCUGAGCACCGCUGCACACUGGAUGCACUGUGACGACUGAGCCACCAGAGGCCGCCAGAGAGUCAACACACGCCACCAAGCCUGCUCAUUGAGGGAUGUUUAUUUAUUUGGACCCUGACAUAAGAAAAUGUGGGCAUCACGUGGAAAUCUCUUGUGUGAGGAAUUAGAGCAAGAUUAUUUUAUCAAAGUUUGCAUCAACAACAGUAUAAAUAUUCGCAUGAUGUGAUGUAUUUUAUGUUAGUACAAUAUUACAAAUUAAAAAAAGGGCCUUUAAUGUACAAACUUUGUAUUGUUACCUGCUGAUACUACAGUAUGAAAUAUCGCUGAAAUGAUCACAGCUGCAUAACUUUAUUUUAUCAAAAAACCUUUUUUUAGCAGACA